AUGCGCGCAGGAUUCGCCACCGUCGCGCUCGCGCUCGCGAGUGGCGUCUCAGCAGCCAUCGUUGCUGUCGAAGCCAGCUUUCGAUCGGCGACCGCCAUUGAGCUCGAGCAGCCUAGCUUGCGACAUGCCAUUGCGCAGACCCAGCCAGAGGAUAGCACAUCCACGACAACCACGACGAGCACAAGCACCACAUGGGAGACCAUCACCGUCACGCUCGCGUCGGCCUCUCCCAGCUCUUCGACGUCCAGCUCGAGGUCCGUCGCAACUUCGUCGUCCAGCUCGAGCACCCCCGUGGCCAUCACGCGUCCGCCAAAGUUCUUCCAGGACAUCGCAGAAGACGAAAUCACCUCUACGAUUGUCGAGACUGUCGAGGUUACCGUCAUCGCGCAGCCAAUCAUCACGACCUACGCCAACCCAUCUGCUGGUGCUGGAUGGAUCGGUCGUCACGCUGGCGGAACCGAUCUCGUCAUGGAGCCACCCACCACCCAGCUGGCAGCGCCACCAGCGAACCGUGACGGCGUGAUCACUCAGACACUUUCCCAGUUCACCACAAGCACGAUUCCUGCGAGCAUCACGACCACGUUCGUCACACGCGUUCCGCCGCCGGCGGCCACGGGCACGUCGUAUCGGACCUUGGCCCCAGGCGAGAAGCGGGUAACCACGAGCCUACCACCUGGCGUAGCAGUUGUGACCUCCACAGCUCUAAUAACCGUCACUUCGGGAGGUUCCAGCGGCAUCUCCUUGGCUGCAGCGUCCGGUGCAGGCGUCAUCUCGUCGUUGAUGCCCUCAAAUACCACAUGCACCACGUCCACGACCUCUUGGCUCAACAUUUCGACCUUCGUCGCCACGCCACUAGCCAACUGGACCGCAUCCUCUGACUGGAGUUUUGCCAACUCCAACUCGACCACCAGUACCUUGACGAGCACAAUCAUGUCCACAAGCUCCCCCGCUCAGACGACUACGAAGCCGCCGACAAGCGAUGAAGGGCCCUUCAAGGGAGCAGUGACUUCGCCUAUUCGCAACGGAUCGGGCAAGGCGGCUGAAUCCGGCGAGUUUCCGGUGGUGACGACGGUUGCUGCGAUGGCUGCUUGUCUUACUUUGGCUUUGAUGUUGUAA